AUGCCAAAGUUUCGUGAAAUGAAUUUUACAAGUGCAUAUGAAUAUUUGGAAGAGCGUUUUGAUCAUGCAGUACGCAUGUGUGCAUUCUUUACUUUUUCGUCUUUUAUGCUAAUUUAUAUGGCUAUUGUUUUAUAUGUUCCUGUAUUAGUACUUACUCAAAUUCUUGUAAUUGAUGUAUCAUCUCUUUCUGUCAAUGAUCGAGAUCAUGUACUCGAAGCUGUAUCAUCUCUUGAUAAUAUUACAUCAAUCUACUUGUUGGGAAAAUCACCAGGAACAAAGAAACAACAGGAUGAAUUUCUUAAUCGUUUUGAUAAAAUAUGUAUAUUUUGUGAGAAUCAUGAGAAGCUUGUUGUUCAAUGGGCAUUGGACACAGCUAGUCAUUGUCGCAUAUUUGGCAAUCAAUGCACUAAAACAGGUGAUAAAAAUGCUGUUCGUGAACAUUUUCAACGAGGUAUAAACAUUUAUGAUGAUCUGAAUUUUAUGACAGCAUCUAGCACAACGGUAUUGACUCUUUUUGACCCUGAUGAUAAUCAUGAAUGGUGUGAUACUCGAUUCAGUAAAAGAAUAUUUACUCGUUUUAUUGAUUCUCAUCUUUGCCGUAAUCACAUAUCUACUCAUGUCGUCAAUCAAGCCAUGAAUGUUCAUUUCUUUUUUCCUGAUACUCAACUUGAACUUAUUAUGCAUUGGUCACCUGAACAUAGCGAUACUUAUAAAUAUAUUUAUUGUCGUGAUCAAACGUCAAUCAAUGAAAUUAGAACAACAUAUGGAAGACAUAUUGCUCACAAGAUUUUUUCUGUUGACGACUUAGAAUUUGAAAUUCGUCAUGUUCAAGUUGCUCAGUUGCAUGCAUUAGCAAAACAAGAACCUGAACAAUCACUUUGGCGUGAUGAAAUAGCAUCAAAUGCAAUAAACGAAUUAGAAUGUCUUAGUCACAUGUUAAAACAGAUGAUGACUGAUCAAAUAAGUGAGCAGCCUGUCGAACAUCAAUGA